AUGGAGAUAUUUUCAUCUAAGUUGAAUUGGUUGAUCCACAUAAAGAAAUUCUUUUUGAAGGAAAGUGUGCUGGACAUCUCAGAUUUGAUCAGUUCUUUGAAAGAUGCGAUUCUUACGGAAUAAAUUAAUCCUGAAGAUGAAUUAUUUUCAUUAGAAGAAGUUAUUGAAGAAGUUUAUAAAUAUAAGAAAAUUAGAUUAACAUAUGAUGACUUCUUUUAAAUCAUUGGUAAUCUUCAUUAAUAGGAUCCACAAUUAUCAACUUGUGUGAAUUCUGUGGCUGAUUCUAUUAAUGAUCUAAUCUUGAAUGACAACAAAGUCAAGUAAGAAAUAAGAGUAUCAUACAAUGACACAACAAAAUUAAUUAAGACUCAGCAAAGUUGUAUACCAUCCAAGAUUUCCAAAAGUCCAAGAAGGAGAAUUGAGAAUUUAUAAGAAGCAUAAAAAAAGAUUCUGGAGAAAAUAACUCAUAUAGAAAAUGAGAUAGAGUAUUAGAAGCAGCAGCAUCAAUUAAAGAAGCCACACAUUUUAUAAAUUAAGGAAUUAACUAAAUAACUAUAAUAAAAUGACUCGGAGAUCACUUUAAAUGGAGUAAGCACUUUUUCAGUUUCAGACUUUCAAUUAGUAUUCCAUAGUUUAAAUAGAGUGAUAUUUAAUGUCUAAUCAGUUAUAUUUAAUGAUAGAUGUUCAGAAAUACGAGAAGUAACCAUGAUAUUUAAGAACUUAUAAUUUUUGAGCAUCAAUUCCUUAAUGAUAAAGGAGCUAAAUUUAGAAGAACUGACAUCGCUAAAUGUAUUAUCAGUAGUUGGAAAUAAUUUAAAAUCUUUGGAUGGAUUGCCACCAAAUUUAAUUGAGCUCUAUGCCCAAAACAACUAAAUUUCUUUAUUAAGCAAUACAAAAUAGUUAAAGAUCUUAAAUAUAAGUUAAAAUUGCAUAAACUCUUUACAACAGUUGUUGCACAUUAAUAAAUCAUUAGAAUUCAUUAAUUGUCAUCAAAAUUAAUGUGCUUAGACUAAGGAUUAUAAAAGAGUGCUUUUUAAAAUAUUCCCAAAUUUAAAGGGGGUUGAUAAGGAUGAUUUAUUAUAGCAUUCAAUGAUAUAGUAGAACAAUUUCCACUUUAAGAAGGAAUAAAUGGACUUUUCUUUUAGUUAAUCAUGA